UCUAUAUAAACACCUCCAUACAUGCUCAUUCUAUCUACCAUCACCUCUCUCUCUCUCUCUCUCUCUCUCUCUCUCUCUCUCUCUCUCUCUAGGUCAAGAUGAAGUCUUCCAUGAAGAUGUUUGCAGCAUUGUUGCUUGUUGUCAUGUGUCUAUUAGCCAAUGAAAUGGGUGGUCCGCUGGUGGUGGAAGCGAGGACAUGCGAGUCGCAGAGCCACAAGUUCAAGGGGACGUGCUUGAGCGACACCAACUGUGCCAACGUGUGCCACUCUGAGAGGUUUUCUGGUGGCAAAUGCCGUGGGUUUCGACGCCGGUGUUUCUGCACCACGCAUUGCUAGAUCGAACCAGUAUGUUUCAUGACCGGUUGUUUGAGAGUCCUGUUUGAGUUGUCAAUGUGUGUUAGUUGUUGCCUCAAUAAGUUUCUUCUGCUUGUUUUGUAUGGGAUCUUAGUAUCUAUGUAUGUAAUGUGAUUGGUCAAUCACUUUCUUAUUUAUCUUAUCUUCUCUUCUCUUCUU